GGGUCCUUCGGCGGCGGCCGUAGCCUGGCGGAGGAGCGGUGGGCGUGGCUUGGAGGGCCCCCGAGAGAAGUUAAGUUGCACCGUCCAUGCUCGGCUGCCUUGUUCUCUCUUCUCUCUCCUUAGGAGAGGGGAGGGGGGCGGGAGAAGUGGCUCCUUAGAGGAAGGCGGCUGCAAACCUACGCUAUUUACUUGGAAGUAAAUUCUGUUGGAAUCAAUGGGAUUUACUCUCAGCCGGCUCUAGACUGCCUUCUUCUUGCUUCAUGAGGCUCAACCCCACCUGAUUGUGACCCUUGGACCGCUGCAGUUGGGGAGGGGCCCCUCCGGACAGCCCCCUCCCUCAGCCAGCAGCCGAACCUCUCUCUUCUGCCAUGGCUGACCCCAUAAUGGACCUCUUCGAUGACCCCAACCUUUUUGGCCUGGACUCAUUGACGGAUGAGAGCUUCAGCCAGGGGGCCCCAGACCCCAUUGAGGAGGCCCUGGGGCUGCCAGGCGGUGCCUUGGACUCCCUGGCAGGGGGCGCCAAAGAGCAGCCAGCCCCUGCACAGCUGGAGCCUCCCCAGCCACAGGCCCUGCCCCUCUCAGACGCGCAGCCCGAGGCUGUGCCUGAACUGCCGCAGCAGGAUCAGCCGGGGCUCCUGCAGGCCCCUCAGGACCAGGAAGUCCUCAGCCAGGGCAACCCCUUCAUGGGCGUCUCCUCUGCCACCACCACGACAGUUGCAGUGCCGUCUUCAUCUGCCGGAGGGCAGCAAGGCGCCACUGUCACGGCGGCCCCACCUGCCGCCCCGAAGAUUGUCAUCUUGAAGGCGCCGGCAGGUAGUUCAGUGACGGGGGCGCACGUGGCCCAGAUCCAAGCCCAGCCCAUCGGGGCCGCCAACGGGGGCAAAGUGACAUUCGCCAAGGUGCUGACAGGCACCCCACUGCGGCCGGGGGUCUCCAUCGUCUCGGGCAAUGCGGUGCUGGCCACCAAAGUGUCCCCUGGAGCGGGGGCCCCAGCCACACUCCACCGCCUGGUGCAGCCUGGCCGGCCCGUCAAGCAGCUGGUGCUCCAGCCCAUCAAGAGCCAGCCAGGGGGCAGCACUGGAGCCACGCCCCUCAAGCCUGCCGUCACUCUGACCUCUACUCCAGCGCAGGGAGAGUCGAAACGCAUCACCUUGGUCCUCCAGCAGCCCCCGGCGGGUGGAGGCGCCCCAGGGCAGCGCCACGUGGUUCUGGGCAGCCUGCCGGGCAAGAUUGUACUCCAGGGCAACCAGUUGGCGGCCCUGAGCCAGGCCAAGGGCGCGCCAGGGCAGCCAGCCAAGGUGGUCACCAUCCAGCUCCAAGUUCAGCAGCCCGGACAGCAGCAACUUGGCGGCCAGCCUGGGACCCAGAAGAUCCAGCUUCUGCAGCAGCCCCCACCCACCUCCUCCGGCCAGCAAGGGACGUUGGGUGUGUCCUCCGUACAGCAAGCCCAGGUGGUGAGCGGUUCGGGGCAGAGAGUGACAGUUCCCCUCAAAGUCGUGUUGCAGCCACAGGCCAGCUCAUCGCAAGGCAGCUCCUCUGGGCUCUCCGUUGUGAAGGUGCUGAGCAGUAGCGAGGUGGCCGCCCUCCCCUCCUCCAGUGGGACGGCGCGGAGCAGCUCGGACGAAUCCCGCAAACUGGAGCACCAGAAGAAGCAGGAGAAGGCCAACCGGAUUGUGGCGGAGGCCAUCGCCCGGGCUCGGGCCCGGGGCGAGCAGAACAUCCCCCGCGUGCUGAACGAGGAUGAGCUUCCCAGCGUGCGCCCCGAGGAGACGGGAGAGCGCAAGCGUCGCCGGAAAGGCGGAGGCGACCGCGUCCCCAAGGAAGAGCGGCCGCGCAAGGGCAGGGGCCAGGGGGGAUCGGGGAAGAGCAAAGGAAGAGGGAAGCCCAGCACCAUCACGCCAGUCGUAGGGAAGAAGCGGAAACGGAACGCUUCCUCGGACAACUCGGACGCUGAGGUCAUGCCGGCGCAGUCCCCCCGCGAGGAGGAGGAGAGCAGCGUGCAGAAGCGGCGCUCGAACCGUCAGGUGAAGCGGAAGAAAUACACCGAGGACCUGGACAUCAAGAUCACGGAUGACGAGGACGACGAGGAGCUGGAUGUGACGGGGCCCGUCAAGGCCGAGCAGCCGCCAGCCCCCGAACCACCUGCUCCGGAGCCGAUUCCCGAGGGGGAGACGCUGCCUUCCAUGCAGUUUUUUGUGGAAAACCCCAGUGAGGAAGAUGCUGCUAUAGUGGACAAAGUUCUAUCCAUGCGGGUAGUGAAGAAGGAGCUUCCUACCGGACAGUUUACAGAAGCGGAAGAAUUCUUCGUGAAAUACAAGAACUACUCCUACUUGCAUUGCGAAUGGGCCACCAUCGCUCAGCUGGAGAAAGACAAGCGGAUCCACCAGAAGCUCAAGCGCUUUAAGACCAAAAUGGCCCAGAUGAGACACUUCUUUCACGAGGACGAGGAGCCCUUCAAUCCAGACUACGUGGAGGUUGACCGCAUCCUGGACGAGUCGCACAGCAUUGACAAGGACAAUGGGGAGCCGGUGAUCUAUUACUUGGUGAAGUGGUGUUCGCUCCCCUAUGAGGACAGUACAUGGGAACUCAAAGAGGACGUGGAUGAGGGGAAGGUCCGGGAGUUCAAACGCAUCCAGUCUAGGCACCCGGAGCUGAAGCGCGUGGCCCGUCCCCAGGCUGGUUCCUGGAAGAAAUUAGAGCUGUCUCAUGAAUACAAGAACGGCAACCAACUGCGGGAGUAUCAGCUGGAGGGUGUGAAUUGGCUGCUGUUCAACUGGUACAACAGGCAAAACUGCAUCCUGGCCGACGAAAUGGGCCUGGGCAAAACCAUCCAGUCGAUUGCCUUCCUGCAGGAGGUUUACAACGUGGGCAUCCGGGGGCCCUUCCUGGUCAUCGCCCCUCUCUCCACCAUCACCAACUGGGAGCGGGAGUUCAACACCUGGACCGAGAUGAACACCAUCGUCUACCACGGCAGCCUUGCCUCUCGCCAGAUGAUCCAGCAAUACGAGAUGUACUGCAAAGAUUCCCGGGGCCGCCUGAUUCCAGGCGCAUACAAGUUUGAUGCCCUGAUCACUACUUUUGAGAUGAUCCUGUCGGACUGCCCCGAGCUGAGGGAAAUAGAGUGGCGUUGCGUCAUCAUUGACGAAGCCCAUCGCCUUAAGAACCGCAACUGUAAACUGCUGGACAGUCUUAAGCACAUGGACCUGGAGCACAAAGUGUUACUGACUGGCACCCCCCUCCAGAACACAGUGGAGGAACUCUUCAGCCUCCUGCAUUUCCUCGAGCCCUCCCAGUUCCCCUCAGAAUCAGAGUUCCUCAAGGACUUUGGUGACCUCAAAACUGAGGAGCAGGUGCAGAAACUGCAGGCCAUCCUGAAGCCCAUGAUGCUUCGGCGGCUGAAGGAGGAUGUGGAGAAGAACUUGGCCCCCAAGCAGGAAACCAUCAUCGAGGUGGAGCUUACCAACAUCCAGAAGAAGUACUACCGGGCCAUCCUGGAGAAGAACUUCAACUUCCUGUCCAAAGGGGCAGGGCACAGCAACAUGCCCAACCUCCUCAACACCAUGAUGGAGCUACGCAAGUGUUGCAACCAUCCCUACCUCAUCAACGGUGCCGAGGAGAAGAUCCUGACCGAGUUUCGGGAUUCCUGCCACCACCACCUGCCCCAUGAUUUUCCCUUGCAGGCCAUGGUGCGCUCCUCUGGGAAACUGGUGCUGAUUGAUAAGCUGCUCCCCAAGUUGAAGGCCGGCGGGCACAAGGUGCUGAUCUUCUCCCAAAUGGUCCGUUGCCUUGACAUCCUGGAGGACUACCUCAUCCAGAAGAGGUAUCUCUACGAGCGCAUUGACGGGCGAGUGCGGGGGAACUUGCGGCAGGCGGCCAUCGAUCGCUUCAGCAAGCCUGACUCGGACCGCUUCGUCUUCCUGCUCUGCACGCGGGCGGGAGGGCUGGGCAUCAACCUGACGGCUGCCGACACUUGCAUCAUCUUUGAUUCGGAUUGGAACCCCCAGAACGACCUGCAGGCCCAGGCACGCUGCCAUCGUAUCGGGCAGAGCAAGGCAGUGAAGGUCUACCGCCUCAUCACCCGCAACUCCUACGAGCGAGAGAUGUUUGACAAAGCCAGCCUCAAGCUGGGGCUGGACAAGGCCGUCCUGCAGUCCAUGAGCGGGAGAGAGGGCAGCAUUGCCGGGAUCCAGCAGUUUUCAAAGAAGGAGAUCGAAGACCUGCUGCGGAAGGGAGCCUAUGCUGCCAUCAUGGAAGAGGACGACGAGGGCUCCAAGUUCUGUGAAGAGGACAUUGACCAGAUUCUGCUGCGGCGGACAACCACUAUCACCAUUGAGAGCGAAGGGAAGGGCUCCACCUUCGCCAAGGCGAGCUUUGUGGCCUCAGAAAAUAGGACGGACAUCGCCUUGGACGACCCCAACUUCUGGCAGAAGUGGGCCAAGAAGGCAGACUUGGACCUGGAUAUGCUCAACAGCAAGAACAACCUGGUGAUUGACACCCCCCGUGUGCGCAAGCAGACGCGCCACUUCAGCACCCUGAAGGACGACGACCUGGUGGAGUUCUCCGACCUGGAGAGCGACGACGAUGACCGGCCGCGCUCGCGACGCCAUGACCGCCACCACCACCCGCUCCACCACUCCUACGGGCGCACGGACUGCUUCCAGGUGGAGAAACAACUGCUAGUCUAUGGCUGGGGCCGCUGGCGGGAAAUCCUGUCGCAUGGACGGUUCAAGAGACGCAUGUCUGAACGGGAUGUGGAGACCAUCUGCCGGGCCAUCCUCGUCUACUGCCUGAUGCACUACCGGGGCGAUGAGAACAUCAAGGGGUUCAUCUGGGAUCUCAUCAGCCCGGUUGAGAACGGCAAAGCCAAGGAACUUCAGAACCACUCCGAGAGCCAUGCCCCUGCUCUGAGCUCACUUCCUGUUCCUCGGGCAGGCCUGUCCAUCCCAGUCCCACGAGGCCGCAAAGGGAAGAAGGUCAAGUCCCAGACUACUUUCGACGUCCAGAAAGCCGAGUGGAUCCGCAAGUACAACCCCGACACCCUCUUCCAGGAUGAGGGAUACAAGAAGCACCUCAAGCACCAAUGCAACAAAGUUCUCCUACGUGUCCGUAUGCUGUAUUACCUGCGCCAGGAGGUGAUUGGGGACCAAGCCGAGAAAGUUUUGGCAGGCACUAUUUCCAGUGAAAUCGACAUGUGGUUCCCACUGGUGGACCAAGCAGAGGUCCCCACAGCCUGGUGGGAUGCAGAAGCUGACAAGUCUUUGCUCCUUGGGGUCUUCAAACAUGGCUACGAGAAGUACAACACCAUGCGAGCAGAUCCUGCGCUCUGCUUCCUGGAGAAGGCUGGUCGCCCUGACGAAAAGGCCAUCGCCGCCGAGCAUCGCCUGGAUGUGGGAGAGGGGGUUGAUUUCGACAAGGACUGCGAGGACCCGGAGUACAAACCAGUGGGAGGCCCCGCCAAGGAGCCGGAUGAUGAGGGUGACCCACUGAUGAUGAUGGAUGAGGAAAUCUCUGUGGUGGACGGUGAAGAAGGUCAGCCGGGGAACCUGUUCUGGCCCCCAGCCUCGGCCAUCACGGCUCGCUUGCGAAGGCUGAUCACCGCCUUCCAGCGGAGCUACAAACGCGAGCAGCUCAAGAUGGAGGCGGCGGAACGAGGGGACCGGCGGCGGCGGCGCUGUGAGGCCGCAUUCAAGCUGAAGGAGAUGGUGCGGCGAGAGAAGCAACAGAGGUGGACACGGCGAGAGCAAUCUGACUUCUACCGCGUCGUCUCCACGUUCGGGGUGGAGUACGACCCAGACACCAUGCGCUUCCACUGGGGCCGCUUCCGGGCCAUGGCCCGGCUGGAGAAGAAGACGGACGAGAGCCUCGCCAAGUAUUUCCACGGCUUUGUGGCCAUGUGCCGGCAAGUGUGCCGGCUGCCUCCCGCAGCAAGCGAUGAGUCUCCAGACCCGACACUGUUCAUUGAGCCCAUCACGGAGGAGAGGGCCUCGCGCACCCUGUACCGCAUUGACCUCCUGCGGCGCCUGCGGGAGCAAGUCCUGUGCCACCCGCUCUUGGAAGAGCGCCUCGCCCUCUGCCAGCCCCCGGGCCCCGAGAUGCCUCCCUGGUGGCAAUGCGGGCGCCACGACGGAGAGCUGCUGCGUGGCGUGGCCCGCCACGGCCUCAGCCAGACCGACGCCACCAUCAUGCAGGACCCGGACUUCUCCUUCUUGGCCGCUCGACUCAACCACAUGCACAGUCGGGCGGGGAGCACAGGGACGCUGCUGCCGCCACCCCCGCCGCCUCCCCCGCCACAGCCUUUGGGGCUGCCUCUUUCCGGGGCUGCCGUGGUGACAGCGGCCGCUCCUCCUGCCCCCCUGCUCUUGCCGCCGCCCUUGCAUGAGCUCCCCACUCCGCGACAGCAGCCCACAGCCCUCCCCAUUAAAGUUGAAUCGGUGGACGACUCGGACUCGGAGCUGGACCUCAGCAAGAUCUCCGCUUCUUCGUCUUGCUCUUCUACUUCGGGGUGCUCAGAUGAUAGUGACGGCGAAGAGGCCUCUUGCGGUGCGAAGCUGUUUGAGGAGGAAGAGUCGUCGCUUCUCUCUCUGCCCACCUCCCACGAGGGCAACUCCCCACAGCCCAGCGCCUCUGACCUGCUGUUGCAGGAGCGCCAGCGGGCCCACGAGUGGCCAAAGGACCGAGUGCUCAUCAAUCGCAUCGACUUGGUAUGUCAAGCCGUGCUCUCUGGGAAAUGGCCGACAGCGCAGCAGGGCCAGGUGGGAUCCUGCCUCAUGCAGGGAGAAGGCCUCCCCCGCCUGCACGGGGAGUACACCAGCUCUCCCAUCCCCCACAUCUGCCCCCUGGCAUCGCAAGAAGAAGGGGCCGCCUCCUUCACCCGCCUCCGGCACAGUGGGCAAGAGAAGGAGUUUACCGUGCAGAUCAAAGAUGAAGAGGGAAUCAAGCUGACCUUCCAGAAGCACAAGCUGGUCCCCAACGGCACUAUGCGCGACCGCCCCGCUCUCACUCAAAAGAAGAGCAGCAAAAAGAUGGUGGAGCUGGAGCUGCAGUGUCUGGAGGCGCUGAGAGGCCCCGAUAUCGACCUCGAGGCCCGUAUCCCAGUGGUGAAUAAGACUGACGGGACACUUUUGGUGGGUGACGCAGCCCCCCGGCGAGCUGACCUUGAGGUGUGGCUGCAGGCCCACCCAGAGUACGCUGUCGACCCUCGCUUCUUGGCGUACAUGGAGGAGCGGCGGAAGCACAGGUGGCCUCGCUUUCCCAAGCCUGUUCCGAUAGAGCCAGCCUGCCUGAUGGGUCUGGAGCGGAUGCAGGCAGCCAGCAUCUCCGCUAACGGCAAGAAGAGCUUCCUGCCCGAUCCCACCAUGAACCGCCUCCUUCCCGGAUCAGUUGGGGCCGAGAGUGCCCAGAAGCGGGGCCGCCAGACCCCCAUGGAGUUUUCUAAUAUGAUGGCUCUGAUGGGUGCCGGGCGGGUCCAGCUGGGCGCCGCGGGGCCCCUCUCCUUGCACCACGCCCACUUCCAGGCCAGCACGGCCCACGGCUCUCCCUUACAGUACAUGCCCUUUUCGACUGCCGCCGCUGCCGCCUCCGCCUCCGCCGCCUCGUCCUCCGCUGCCGCAGCCCUGCUCCACCCCGGCCUGGGCCACCCUGGCUACGCCACGGGUGCCUUGCACCUGGGCCACCCACAGGCCGUGGACGAGGACGACGAGGAAGACGAGAUGGACGACUUGUCUCAGGGCUACGCCAGCUCGGAGCGGGACUUCUCCUUGCUCGACGACGACCCCAUGAUGCCGGCCAACUCCGACUCCAGCGAGGAGGGCGACGAGGAGGGCGACGACUGAGCAUUUUUCGCGCCCGCAAAUGGGCAGGACGCAAAACAGGGUCCAGUUGGCUGGGACUUAGCCGUCUCCUCAUUGUUGAAUUUGACAGGCCCAGGGACAGGCCAGUUGGGUUCUCCCUCGUUCCGACACACACGUGGCUUGCGGGAAGGGCAAAAAACAAAGAGGUUCCUUCCAGCCCGGGAAGGUCCGGUUAGGCAACCGCUCUCCUUGCGUGGCUUACUGUUUUUCUUUUUUUUAACAAAAUAUGGCUGUUGGUUUGGUUGGCGAGCCCUGCCGGCAUUUGGUAUCCAUUGUGAAACUGUUCUUGUGAGCUGCAGUCUUGGUCUGCCUGGGCAGCAAGACCACAGCGGGAGCCCUGUCUAGUCGAGACGAUCUGGGUAUAGUUAGCAGCUCCUCUUCUCCCCCUGCCCCACUCCCCUUUUGGCUCUCCCCCCACAGCCUGUUCCAUUUCUCUCCUGCCCUUCCUUCCCUCCCCCCUCCCUCUCCCCCCCACCCCAGGUUCAUGUGCUGUAACAUAAAUGCGAAAAGAGGGUGGGGCCUCCCCCUUUCCUCCGUCCCCCUGUCUCCAUGUGGGUGGGGUUUAUAUUUAUAAAUAUGUAAUAUGUCUUGUGUAAUAUGGCCGAGGCUGUGGGGUUGAACUUGUGGGGGAGUCAAGUCACGGAGGGUGGGUUUUUGGGGGGUGGGGUGGCAAGGGGCUGUGGGGGGAAGAGAAGGUAGAGCUUCCUGUAGCUGGAUUUCUCCUUUUUUUCUUUCAUUUUUUAAUAAAAGGAACAAAAUGCACACACACACACGGGAGAGAAAAAAACCAAUUCCACCCCCCCAUCCUACUCCUCCAUGCUGUUGUAUCAAUUGCAUAAAAAUCUUCCUGAGAA